GAUUUACAACCUUCAUUAGACUACUACUUACUCUAUGGAAUCCAUCCUCAGGUCUUGAAUUGAGAUUUUUCUUUUGCGGUGCCGGUGCCUAUGGGACCGGAGUGCCUUUCUUUUCGCUCGUGAGAGUAUGGCAGCGUGCCUGUCUUCCGUGACAUCACUUUGAAAGCUUGUCCGAAAUUCGCAGCGCCAGCUAAUUCCUGAGAUGCGCGGCACCAGGCUGUUCGUGCCCGGAGCCACGGGCUGGAGCCCGCGGCCAGCAAUCCAAGGGAAUGGAGGCAUAGUGGAGAAGCUGUUUCUGAGCUCGACAUCCAGGACCUCUCCGCCUGGACACAAUGUGUCACGAAGGACCCUUCAUUUGGGUGCGGUCGGAACCGCACGCGGCUUAGGUCGACUCGCCGGAUUGCCCCCGACUCUAUACAACAAUAACCUGAGAGCUUCAGUGUCGCAAAACCGAUUAAGCGACCAUGUUCGUCUGCUGUGUUCAACUCCACGCUUUUUAGCAGGACGGUCACCGAUUACGCCAACCACAAAGUUUGCGAGUGAAACCCCCGGAUCGCUGGAGAAGGAAGAUGAAGAGGCGGACAAAGGGUUUGAAUUAUCGGAAAAGGCGGCUCAAGCGGCUCAGGUGAAUCUACGGGCAAAACUGAGUAAAGAUGGUGCUGGAGGCAAAAAACCUGGCUUCUCAGAGGUUUGGAGACUGUUGCAAAUCGCCCGCCCGGAGGCCAAGAAGCUUUCACUCGCCUUUUUCUUCUUGCUUGUCUCUUCCGGAAUUACAAUGUCGAUUCCCUUCUCCAUUGGAAGGCUCAUGGAUACGGCAACCAAGUCUGAGGCCGAGGGUAACACGCUGUUCGGUUUAAGCCUCCCGAUGUUCUAUGCUGCAUUGGCUAGCGUUCUCGCGCUGGGCUCCGUCGCCAACUAUGGCAGAAUCAUUAUUCUCCGUAUCGUUGGCGAACGAAUUGUUUCUAGACUUCGUUCGAAGCUGUUUCGCCAGACCUUCAUUCAGGAUGCCGAGUUCUUCGAUGCUAACCGGGUGGGCGACUUGAUUUCCCGGCUGGGUUCUGAUACCAUCAUUGUGGGCAAGAGUAUCACGCAGAACUUGUCCGAUGGAUUGCGCGCCGGUGUCAGUGGCAUUGCUGGUUUCAGUCUGAUGGCCUAUGUGAGCAUCAAGCUGUCCAGCAUUCUGGCUAUCCUGCUUCCGCCUAUUGGCAUUGGAGCUUUCUUCUACGGCCGUUCCAUCCGCAAUCUCAGUCGCAGAAUCCAGAAGAAUCUUGGAACUUUGACUAAAAUUGCCGAAGAACGCCUUGGAAACGUCAAGACAAGUCAAUCGUUCGCCGGAGAAAUUCUUGAGGUACAUCGCUAUAACAACCAAGUUCGAAAAAUCUUUGAUCUUGGCAAAAAGGAGUCCUUGAUAAGUGCGACCUUCUUUAGUAUGACCGGUUUGGCGGGUAAUAUGACAAUAUUGGCGCUUCUCUACGUCGGCGGCGGUUUGGUCAAGUCUGGCGCUAUUAGCAUUGGCGAAUUGACAUCAUUCCUGAUGUAUACAGCCUAUGCAGGCUCUAGCAUGGUUGGCAUGUCCAGCUUUUACUCGGAGCUAAUGAAGGGCGUUGGUGCUGCUAGUCGGCUUUUCGAGCUACAGGAUCGCCAGCCGACCAUUUCGCCGACACAGGGCCAAAGAGUGGAAUCAGCUCGCGGUCCCAUUCGAUUCGAAAAUAUCACUUUCAGCUAUCCAACUCGGCCAGCCGUCACUAUCUUCAAGGACCUCAACUUUGAGAUUCCUCAGGGAACCAACGUUGCGAUUGUUGGACCCUCAGGAGGUGGCAAGUCCACCAUUGCUUCGCUCUUGCUUCGAUUCUACAGCCCUACCAGUGGUAGGGUUUUGAUCGAUGGCAAAGAUGUUUCUCAAAUGAACGCCAAAUCCCUUCGGAGAAAAAUUGGUAUCGUUUCUCAAGAGCCUGUUCUUUUCUCGGGCACCAUCGCCGAGAACAUUGCAUAUGGCAGACCGGAUGCCACCAAGGCAGAAAUCAUUGCGGCAGCCCGCAAGGCCAACUGCCAAUUCAUCAGUGAUUUCCCGGAUGGUCUUGAUACACACGUUGGUGCUCGUGGAGCCCAGCUUUCUGGAGGACAGAAGCAACGCAUUGCCAUUGCCCGUGCCUUGAUCAAGAAUCCAGAUAUUUUGAUUCUAGACGAAGCCACUUCUGCCCUUGACGCCGAGUCCGAAACGUUGGUAAACAGUGCUUUGGCUGCCCUGCUCCGUGGUAACAACACAACGAUCAGCAUUGCGCACCGUCUGUCCACCAUUAAGCGAUCGGAUACUAUCAUUGUUCUUGGCCCGGAUGGAAAGGUUGCUGAACAAGGCUCCUACGAAGAACUGAGCUCCCGACCGGAUGGUGCUUUCACGAAACUGAUGGAGUGGCAGAUGAGCGGUGGAGAAUCUCUCCAACCGCCUUCGUCGUCUGAUGGUUCUCCCCGGCAACUGUCACAAAAUGAAGAGCAGGCGCAAGAAGAAACAGAGGAGUCUGAACAACAGUCAGAGAACAGCAAGAAGGAACAAUAGUCCUCCUGAAAAUCCCGCGAAUCUCUUUACACAUAAUACUACCUGAACCUACCUACUUACAUACCAUACACCAUGUUCUUCUUUACAUUAGCUGUUGUUCGACAGCGCUUUCCUUGAAUUAUUCCUUCAUUUUGUCUCUUUAUUUGGAUACCUCAAGGUCUAGAGGAUUGGACGGUUUUUGUACUGUAACUAUUCCGAGGGGAAUUUUCACGGCAUUCAGAUAGACGAAAGAAUAUGACUCUCCCCUCCGUCAACCGUUCAU